UCGAAGGUUUUGUGCCGCAAAAAUACGGAAAAACAAAAAUGUCACAUCGCUUGAAGUUUUAUGUUUUACUCAGCGUUUUGUGAAAACAGCAAGAGUUGGCUGCUUGGUGCUUAUUGCGACAGCGUUUAAGAAAACGCUUCUAAGUUUCUAUGAUAGUCUGGGGUUUACAGCGGCGUUUUUCGUGUUUGUUGAAGCACAGAUAGGUGAUUAGCUAUUGCCUGUUUGGCUAACUUAACAUAGAGAGCCAAACUAAGUUUAACUGCGUUAGUUUACAUGAGUCACGGCAAGUUUCACCGAUGGAGAUCACUCCUAAAGCAGCCAAAUUAAAGUCUUCUUCACUCUGUUACUCAGCAGAGUCGAGCCCUUGUGAAUAUAAGGAGGAAAAGCAGCAUCCAAAGCUGAGUGAUUCCCUGAAGGAGAGGCUGAAGAGAUCAAGGCGCUCCUUCACUUCGCCCCUCUCUGUGGCUAAACGCCUUUGUGUGGAUGAGGAGGAGGAGGAUGGCCGACAAGUUUCAGCAGAUUCCCGAGAGACCGUUAAUAAUCCCUCAAUCAUUACGCACGAUGGUGAUGUAAAUAGAAAUGAGGCGAAAUCAGGGAGUGAAAGGUUUUCUGGACCAGUUCCUGAACCAACACAUCUCCCCACUGAGGAUUUUGCACAACAACUUAAGAAGGAGGUCAAAGACAAAAUGGAGAUUCUACGCAGGCUGAAGAUGGUGAAAAUGUACAGAAGCAAGAAUGAUUUAACGCAGCUCCAAACCUUGAUUGAAAAGUGGCGGAGUUGUGCUCAAGCUGCCCUGUAUGAGCUCCAGUCAGAUGUCCCCAUAGAUGGACGAAAGGCCGACCUGUCCGAGCUUAUUGACCUCUUCGGUCUGGAUGACGGCAUUCUGCACUUUGAUCGCACAGAGGAGGACUUCUCUACCUGAUACUAUGCUCUGAAACACAUCAUUUGUACAAUGAGUUUAUGAAAAUACUACAGAGGAAGAGUCACAUUUCAAAUAUCCUCAGUUAACAGUUUUACUUGUUGCUGCUACAGUUUUCAUUCACAGCUUAAGUUGCACGUGUCAUGUUCAGUUUUACUUGCUAAGAAAAAUGUAAAUAAAUUAGUUAUCUGUUGAACUGAA